CGGCGGCGGCCUUUCCAAGUGAAGUCCAUAAUAAUAAAAGUCAUCCUCUUCACUGCUCUUACGGCCUCUCUCUUCAUCCCAAUAUAUAUCCUCCCAGUGCCGACCGCUCGAAUUUCUUCUCAUCGACCAGCUCUCACCAUCCCUUAGCUAAAACUUUUGAUUCACAAAGCAAGUUCAUAUGUCUUUCCCAACACUGAAACACUUCAUCGUUCAAGCCGAACUGCUACAAGCUUAUCGCUCUGCAGUACGCGCUACCAAGCCCUUACCAGAUCCGCAAACUCGAAGAGAGACCCUUGACUUCCUGCGCUCAGAUUUAGAAAGGCUGCGACAGGAGCAUGACCUGGAUACUCUGCAAUCCCACCUAUCGUCAUUCAGGAAGCUCGUCAAACAAAUGAGGCCAAGCUUUUCUUUUUCGGGGAAUGAGUCCGGCUCAAGACUCAUCGGUCAGCGACGACGAGCUCAGGGAUGAAUACUUGACAAGAUAUUUAACAAGAGAGGCGACACUUGCAUCAAUCUUCGGAGAAAGUGAGAUGAAGUGAUACGACGCUAUCAUUUCAGCUUUUCAACUGUACUUCAUGGGUGGACUGAUUUAUGUCAAGCUGUUCCAAAACGACCGUUUUGCCGUUUGUGUCCUGCUCUUGCACCUCCCUUUAAAUCCUGUCACGAAUUCAGAUUUGACACUCCAUGUCUGGCUUCGUGCUUCGUGGCCGACAGAUACAAAGACUCUGCCUCACCCAUUUCAUACAAAGUUCAAGGGUUGCAAUUCGACAGUUAUUGUUCACAAAGGUUCAACUCGGGACGUCACUGUGUGUACGAUAGCAUAACAACCGUCUCGUUACUCGGUCUUGCUUUGGCCUCCACUGUUUCUUACCUCCUCUUGCAACUUCUCAUAAGCCUCCCUAGUCUCCUUGGCGAAGUUAUCAUCGAUCAUAAAUUUUGCACCAAUGACGGCAAGGCCUUUUGCUACUUUCAUGGCGCGACUGUGCGCUUCGGGUGUACGCGCAGCUUCAGCGAAACCAGGAGUGUGAUUGCUCGAGCCUUCUUCCGAAGGUAUGUCAAACAUGGGGUGGAAACCUGGAAGCUUGUAACACACGUUACCUAUUCACAGUAUUAUCAAUGUACUGAGUGUGAAUGUGAUAAGUUGCGGACGUACCGAAAUCAGUGCUGGCGGUAGUCACACCUUCAAGCUCGAUUUUGUCACCAAAAGCCCUGUCCAUGAAUAUCUGAUAAGAGUGGGCCAGCUUCUCGUUGUUUCUGGUCUCUGCAUAGACCGCUGUAGGGUAGUCCGUCAGCCAGUGAUAUAAUUUACUACAAGAUAACUUUGCACAUAC